GCUUCCUCAUUGAAUGUUAUAUGAUCGUAAGCAUGGAGGAGGGAAAACAAUGUAUCUUGUGUUCCAGCCAUGAGAACUCGGGAGAACAAAUAAACAGGUAAAGAUUUCCUUGUUGCCAUAGUAAUUGGAAGGUGCAACUCCGUCCAAUGUCCGUCUAUAAAACACUCCUUUCUAAGCUGUUUGACUUAGAAAGAAUCUGAUCGCAAGGACUCACCCAAUGUAAGUCAACUUUUUUCUUUGCUUAACAUUUAAAGUUUGCAACAUAAAUUAAAUAAUACAUUGUGAUGAAACACAGACAGACUUUCUAAUUUAUCAUUAAGAAUGGUAAGUAGAUCAUUUUACUUUUUUAAUCAAAACCGCAUUGGUAAAAAAAAUCUCUUUAAUUCUUAUUUUUGAUUAGGAGGUAUUUGUUGUAGAUUGAUCUAUUUUUAUCCUAUGUCCCAUGAAACAAAAUUAAUUUUGCUAAGUUAGCCACAAAAAGAGAGAAAAGGAAAAUAUUUGCUUUAUAGACAGGAUUAUUAACUAAAGUGUGAUUUUACAGGAAUUCAAGAAUUUGACAUUUUAGACCAAAAUACCAUAAUUGGAAUUUUUUUAAGUCAGCUAUGUUUCAGAAUGUCUUUCCUUGACCAAAAUCUGAAAAUUCACUUUCAAUUUCUGACACUUCACACUUUAGAAGAUAAACCUGAGAGUCUCUCAAUACAACAAUAAAAUAGACUUAUUUUAGUUAAAGUCUUGAAAACAAGUUUAAAAAACACACCGAAAGUUUAUUUUAUAACAUGAAGGUAAAGAAUAUCGGAGAUGUUAAAUGUAUCAUGAUGUUCGAUAAAAUACCGACAGUCCGUCUUGACUGGAUGUUUUGACCAGUUAGCACAGGCUUCCCCAAACUCCGGCCUUCCAGAUGUUGCUGAACUACAACUCCCAUGAUUCUAUGAAUGAAACAGAUAGGCUGAGAAUCAUGGGAGUUGUAGUUCAGCAACAUCUGGAGGGCCGGAGUUUAGGGAAGCCUUAGUUAUCACAUAGAGACGCGUGCUUUAUGUCUCAGGAUCACACACUUGUCAUACAGUUCAUACGUGCACAAGUGCGUCCAACAAGGCUGGAAGAUGAUUAUGGAACAUGUAUACCAUAUUUAGCUAUAGUGUUACUUACAGAUCAAUAUGUCAUGCUUACAUCUGUUUCAAUCCGUUUAUGCCUUCCCUACUCUGUAGACAUAAAAGUAAAGUAUGGCUAUCCAAUAUGUAUAUAUAAAUGUAUAAUACCAAAAUUAAGGUGAUAAUAGGUAAUUUGGCCAAAAUCUUUAGCUAUGUGGAGUCAUUAAUUAAAAAUGACAAUAUUGCAAAAUAACUUUGACUCCCUAAAAUUUAUACUAAGCUUAAUUGUGCAUAAAGUUGUCCACUUUUUUUUUUUAUCACUUGCGUUUUCAGUGAACUUUUGUUGUGUUUUGUGGAUAUAAUCUCAGUUCAAGCCGGUCUUUGCUUUUUCUUGAUUGAUGCUUAAACUAAUUUUUAUUUUAUAACAUUCUAUUCUUCAGCAUAUCUGCAAAAAUUGUAUUAUAAAAAUUAAUUUCAGUUAGCAAUAUGAAAUAGGAAAUUAGACUAUACAUAUUCACGUAACAUCUUAAAUAAAAGUUUUGAAUCAGAACACUAUUAAAAAAAAAAAAGGCUUUAUCUUUAAUUAAAAAAAUAUUAGUUUAUGCUUAUUACAUAGAUGACUGUUCACUGUACAUAUUUAAAUGUAGCUAUUAUUCCAGUUUCAAAAAUCCUAUCAUGAUUCAUUUUAUGUGAUUAACACUUUAGUGAAUGUGUCUGUGAUGGAAUGAGCAGUUGCAGCGUGCCAUUAGUAAGCUUUCUUUAACCUUUAAUCAAUGUGCAAAAAAUGUUUUAUUACAAUUUGCUAUCUGCGGUUAAAAUACUAAACAAGCAGCGGAUACAAGAAAGUCUUUAACUUUAAGAAAUGUGUAAACCUACCCUACAAAACAAAUAAACAAUACAAUUUAAGGUAGCUAGAGGACGGACUGAAUUUAUAAACAUAGAGACAUAGAAUGUGACGGCAGAUAAGAACCAUACGGCCCAUCUAGUCUGCCCAAUUUUCUAAAUACUUUCAGUAGUCUCUAGCCUUAUCUUAUAGCUAGGAUAGCCUUAUGCCUAUCCCACGCAUGCUUAAACUCCCUCACUGUGUUAACCUCUACCACUUCAGCUGGAAGGCUAUUCCAUGCAUCCACUACCCUCUCAGUAAAGUAAUGCUUCCUGAUAUUAUUUUUAAACCUUUGCCCCUCUAGUUUAAUACUAUGUCCUCUUGUUGUGAUAGUCCUCUUGUUUUCUUCUUUUAAAUGUAGUAGCCUCCUUUACUGUAUUGAGGAAUACUUUAUAUAAGGAAAAGGAAUAAUUACUUCUUACUUCUUUUUAUUAAACCUUGUGUCAUCAUAAUACAUAUAGCAAUUACCUUUUUAUAUUUUUUCAAAAUGUCUGCAGUAUGUUGGAAAAGAACGAACCAUAAUAUUCACAUUUACCAUUAAAAGAAAAUACACAUAGCAUAUAUUUACAAUUAGUUCAAAUAUGUUUAACACUUGUUAUAUAUACAACUUUAAUUUAUGGAAAAUGUCUAAUCUAUAACAAAUUGUAUACGAAUAAAGGCAACAAUCACAUGAUGAAAUUAAUUAUUUUGUCUUGAUAAAAAAUAUUUCUUAUGAUUUAUUUUGUUAUAUUUGAUAUUGUAUUUAUAUUAAAACUAUUACUUGCAUUUUUUGUGCAUGACUAACAUAAAUGACACGCAUGCUAAGUGACAACAAUAAAAAUAAAUGAGACCCUCAGCAAAGUUUCAGUAUGUUUGCUAACUAUAUUGAAUGUUUCAAUUGAAUAAUCAAUUCUUUGUUCAGUACCCUAUAGAACAGUAUCUUCUUAACAUGGCUAGAAACUAGAUAUGUUGUAUAUCUUUGGGGGUUUACCUUUAAUCUGGAUGUAAAAAAUGAGCCAUUUCUCAAAACAAAGUUUUAUUGUUCUGUGGGACCUGACAUAUCACUUGAUACCAGAUCAGGAUUUCUAACACAAAAGUCCGCAAUUGUGUGGAAAAUACAGUAGAUGAUACAAGUUACAAUCCUCUUAAGACUAGAAUUUAAAACUUAGAAAUCAUGUAUUAAAAGGGAUUGUUUGAAACAAUGAAAUGGGUACCAAUUCUAUCAUUAAUGAUACACCUGAUAUCUAAAAUGUCAGAAGAUGCUGAGAAUUCCUAAAACCAUGUGUCAUAUUAUUAAAUGCUUUUAGCUUCUCUAUUCCCCUAACUAAGUGUGGACACUGGGGAAGAACUACUGUGCAAUUGCCAGGGGACGGGGGUGGGGGGGGGAGACUCAUCAAAUGCUCCAACAAAAACAAAUUAUUGAAUCACUAUGUGCACAGUAAAACAGAUAGGCUAACACGAUUUAGGCUUCAGGAAGUCCUUACCUAUAUUAAUCAGUUCUAAGAAAACUGGGCUGGAUUGAAAGUAUGGCUAUUGAGUACAAAGUGACACCAUCCAUUUUGGACUGUAUUGUAAUUCAAGCUAUAAAGAGGCAAUCAACACAAUGCACACACAAUAGUAGUAGGUCACCGUUUAAUAGACCAUGAUGUUCCUUGUAAUUGUUGUCAAAACGUUUGCUAAUUAUUUUGGAAUAUUUUCAUUAAAAUGAAUGAAUGAUGGUGUAUUUUUUUCUAUUUGUGUUUUAACAGAUAUUUAUAAAAGGACCACGGAAGGCACAAUGUUUCCAUCAAUGCUGACCUUGUCACUUGUGUUAUUUGUCUUCUCAACAAACUUAGCUAUGGCAGUCAAAAAAGAGACUCGUCCUCCACAGACAUUGUCAAGAGGUCUAGUAACAUAUAUUUUCAUCAUUUCAAAUGUAACAUACUUAAAGGGACACUCCACUGCCCAAAUACAAAAUAAAUCAAAAUCACUGUCAGAUAGAUAUACCCCAAAUGAAAACAUGCAUGCAUUUAAUUAUGCAUUUUUUCUUUGGGGUAUACCUACAAACAGCUUGCACAAUCUGCAGUUCUCUUGUCUGCUGUAUUUGCAAUCCCUCCCCUUCUAAUCCCUCCCAGACUUUCUGUGGCUGUCCAAUCAUAGACUCUCAAAUGCAGCUCAAUUAGAAGCCUUUUCCAAGGCGGGUGCUCUGGGCAAUUGCUGCCUCUUUAAUUUAGUUCCACUGAGCUAACCAAACCAGGAAGUAGCAUUACAUGUUGUCUGGUUAAUUUAUAAAAGUGUCAGUUUCUAUUAAAAUCUGCACUUUUUGCAAAAUGAAAAAAAGAGGACAUCCUUUUCACACAGAAAGCUUUUCAGCAAGCUAAAGUUUUUUAGGGGCCUGUAGUGACCCUUUAAGCUAUUUUAACUAUAAAUGAUACAGGACUAUCGCUACUGAACCAGAGCAUUUUUACAGCCACACAUUCUUUCCAAUGUAUUUAGGGCAAUAUAAAACAUUUUGGAUUAAUUCAGAUGAAAUGAACAUAUUUGUUUGAACAAGCCCCAGAAUUGACAAAUAAAACCAAAGCAGAUUGAAUUUCCAUAUCAUGGCCAUCAUUUUCAUUUAACCUAAGCAAAAGGAGUUCGAUUUAACAGUGACUAGUAAUGGAUAGCAACCCCUUCGGUGAAAUUAUACAAACAAAGGCCGGACUUUAAACAAGCAAACCGUAGAUACAAUACUGGCACCGUGUCAGCACCAGAGUUUGUCAAAUAUGAUAGACUGUAGCAAGUUACAAAGGAAUGGCAGCUACACUAUUAUACUGAGCUGACUUCUAAAAUUAACUAUUUACGGCAUAGAAAUUUUUAAAAAGCAAAAUAUUAUAAGAACAGGCAGGCAAUUACAUCACUCAAAUGAGACUUAAUCAUAGACUUAAUCACAGAAAAGAUUCAUCAAUAUUUAAAGAGGUUUUCCACACCCUCUAAUUAAACUGAACAUUAACCCUACCAAUACCAAAAUCAAACUAAUGUAAAAUAAGAACAAAAGGGGAAAAAAAGAAGAAUUUAUUAUCAACGAGGCCACAACAUUGUCUGCAGGAACACUAUAAAACCAAUGCAGCACAAAGAGUUAAAUUGCAUGUUAAUGCACCUCAAAUUUUUUUUAAAAAAGUAGGAAAAUCCAUUCUUAUUCUGAACCCAAAAUAUUGGAAUUACACAAAUUAAUUAUUCAACCGCACAUAAUGUUCAAUAAAAAUGAAUAUAUAAUAUGAAAAGUGCAAUCUUCUUAAUAUUAAAGUAUAUUGAAUCAAUCACAGUCUUGGUACAGUACAAAGAUAGACAUUCAUGUGAAUUUUAAACCCCAUCAGAAAGGCAGAAUAUAAAUAGCUGAUAACAACUAGACUUGUGCAAAAGUUUGCUACUGACAGUUUGUCAGACUCUUCUUUAAUCCACACCCAUAGAAAAUGAUUGUCUGGGAUAUACCGGUGGCGUUAUAUUAAUUGAAUAAGACUCCAUAGGUAAAUGCUGGACAAUCGAUUCAUUCGGGUCUGGACUCAAAGACAUCUAGUUCAGACAAAAGUCUAUUAACAGUUAGCGUGGCUCAAAGUCAUAUUAUCAACUGUUAGUAAUACAGAAAAGAAUAGCAUGUUUAUUUAUUAAUUUGGAGGCUUUUUUGGGGGUGUACUAUCCCCUACAGAGGUGGAAUGUACGAUCAAUUUACAUUUUAUUACUCCCGGUUUCCACUGCCUACCCAAGACCAUCAAAACAUCCAGUGGGACACUCAAUAUUUCUCAUAUAGCCUCCAUGUAAAAAGUGACCUCAACAGGUUGAUUAUUAUCUUAACCUUAUUGUCAUUAUGUUACAAAGUUAUGUGAGAGUUACCAAACCUCUCUUACUGAAACUUGACCCUUUUUAGUGAAAGACUGGAUAUAAGUGGCUAACCACUGAUGUUGUUUCCUAAUGCUCCAGCUUUACCCCUAAAAUGGUUCUCGAGGAAAUGGAUAAACGCUGGCUCACAAUUGUUUUAUGUGUUAUGGUGGGUUAUUGGACUUCCAUGAGGAUAACAAAUUUGCCCUUAGUCCAGGUUGGUGGGAGGCCUCCAACAUCUUUGGAGAUGCCAACCUCUUCUAAGACUAUCAUGAAUUGUUGAAGAAUUACUGAUGAUUUGUUAUUUAUGUGACAAGGCAAUUAUGAUCUUACUUUCAAAUUUACAAGAAUGAACUAUUUUGAAUACUGCUUAUAGUGUCAAUUUUCAAGCAACUUUGUAAUACUGUAAUGGAAUCUCUUACCAUUAUUUUUAGCUGUAAUGAAUUGCAAAAACCCUAAUUAAAAAGUGAUGUAGGUUCUCAAGCAGCAGGCCUCUAACACUGGAAAAUAUUAUUUAACCCAAUCUAGUAACCAUGCAUCACAGCAAGGUAAUUUCCCUUGCCUUAUUUAUAGAUGUAAGUGUUGCCCCGUUAAUGGUACCUAUAAUACGUGUUCUUCAACAGUAACUAGGUAAUAUCUUUUUACAAAUGUCUCCACCUCACUUGCAAUAUUUAUCUUAUCACCUGUUGGUCUUAUAAGUUCCAAUAUGUUGGACACACAAAUGAACCCUCAAAGCAAGGUUGAGGGAACAUCUCAACUCAAUAUCAUCAAACAAUAAUAAACCUUUGAGUACACAUAGGGCCAUAUUAAUGAUCUUCAAUUUCAAGGAAUGAAUAGGGUAAACAUUAGGUGGUAUUAUAAAUAUUUUGCUGUUAAUGACAGAGGUCUUUGAUUUUUACUUUGACUACUAAAUUAGCUCAUGGACCAAAUCUAAAUUUAACUUACUUUUUGUUGUUAUUAUAACAUUUACACCUUUUCCAACUUUUAUACAACUACCCCACAAUUUUAGACAGCGAUGGGCAAUUUUCAUAGGCUUUGAUCGAUGUGAGUAGGAUAUUAGUGUAUUUAUAUUCAACAUUACUUAUAACAUCAGCCUGUGUGUGCAUGGAUGUGUCAUUCUGUGUGUAAGGUUCAGCCUGUGUUUGUAUUCUACAGUGUGUGUGUGUAUGGAUCAGUCUGUGUGUGUAUGGGUCAGUUUGUGUUUGUAUGGGUCAGUGUGUGUGUGUCAUGCUGAGACUGGUUGCUGCCUCUAUAAGGAGUUCAAGAAGGGCAUUUACCAGGCAACAGGACAGACACUCCCCUCCAGUUGUACAUUGCUUCCUCAUGUUUGAGACCUUGGUUGAGUACCCCACUCUAGUUAAGUAUUAGGCAUGGUUCUAGCAAGCCUAGUCCAUAAUUAGGCUCUACAAAACCAAAAACAAAUGAAAAGUGUUUACUGGUUAGUAAAAUAUCCAAAAGCCUGUCAGUGGGGAGUCCUUACAUUAGGAGUGCUGCAGUAGGUCUGUGUGUGUAUGGGUCACUGGGAGUGUCAGUGAGUGCUUGUGUGUACCUGCAAGGUAAAAACAGGGAGGGGGAAAUAUGUUAUUUUAUUUUUUUCUACACCCCCACAUAAAGUCCCCCCUCAUAUACAGUAAAUCCCCACACACAAUCAAUACAUCCACAUACACACAGUACACUACCCCAUACAGUACACCGCCCACCAGUGGUGUACACAUGAUCCAUGGGGCCCCGGUGCGAAAACUGAUCUGUGUGCCCCUCCCCCGGUGCGGGCUGAGGCCGCAACACAUGGCGUACAGGCCCGGACACAGCUGUGACCCCUGCAUGUACGCCACUGUACACACACACACACACACAUACAUACAUAUAGACACAUACAUACAAACACACAUACAUACACACAGACACAUACAUACAAACACACACACACAUAUAUACAGACACACACAUACAUACAAACACACACAUACACAGACAGACAUACACACACACAUACAUACACACACAUACAGAGAAAACAUUUAUACAGACACACACACAUAUAUGCAAACGAACACACACAUAUACAAAAUAUUUUAGUCACCCUCCUGUUUCCUACCUUUUAGAUGCAGGGUGGCUUCCUAGGGGUCCAGUGGUGGCUCAGCCUGAUGGGAGUCAGAGUUCCCAUUCUGACUCCCUCCUCUCUUCCUCCCACGUGGCUCCCUUUGUAAGCUGGGAGGAGUGACGGGGCAGUCACUUCCUCCCAGCUGUGAUGUCAUCAAAGGGGGCCCGGCCGCGCUGUUAAAGCAGCGCAGAGCUGACCGGGCCCCCUGGAAAUCCAUAGCCAUCGGGUGGUGUUACGGCUGCCUCCAGGCUAGUUGAAAGUUGGACCGUAGAAAGGAUGCUGCUAGCGCUCACCAAAGGACCAUCAGCACCGUAGACACCAUAAGUACUGCAAACUCUACGAACUGCCGCUGCUGGGCUGAAAACUGAGUGGAGGAGAAGGUAAGGGUCAGCGGUGUUCGUUCAAAUGUGUAGCGAUUUCAGUUCCAUAGAUUUGGCUGCCACCAAGCGGUCGGCAAUUUACCUACGGCAGCCUUCCAGCCUGGGAGGUAAAUUGACGGCACACUUCCACUUCUGGGUGGUCCGCCUGUGUGGUACUUGGUUCAGUAAGCCCCAUUUACUGAACCAAGUGGGAAAAAGGCACGAACAAGUUAUUUUACAGGUCUGGUGAUAUAGUCUUAAAGGGGCAUUGUUCACCAAAGUCACAAUGUGCCCACAGACGGUUCUUAAAGGGCCAUACACACUAGGUCCAUAGUCAUGGGGCAGAAGGCUGGCAAUGAGGCUUCUCCAUAAUCCAGGGGAACAGGGCAAUUUGUCACUUAAAGAAACAGUUAUAAACAGGAGUUUGCAACAAGUGGCUCUAACAGCAUGGCACUUAACGUGCGGCCCCGGUGGUUAUACCAUGCGGGCCGGGGCCGCAACACAUGGCGGCAGGCACCCAGUCACAGGGUUCCGCAGGGCUGCCGGGUCCCAUCUGCAACCCCUGACACCGCGGUAUGUACGCCACUGCUGCCCACACACAGUACACUCCCUACAAAAAUGCAGUACACCACCUCACAUACACACUUGGAGGGCUGGUGGAAAUCUUAGGUGAGUACUUAAACUUUUUUUCCCAUUUCUUGACCCCUGGAUCCUGAAGGGCAUUAGUAGCAUGCUCCUAGUGGGUAAAGAGAGGGGACACAACAGACAGUAGAGGGGAUAUGUCAUAACAUAUCCUCAACUCUUUGUUAGUGUAGGGGUUAGCAAGUUGUCCUUUAGGCUCAAGCCUGUCCUUGCGCUGGUAAGGUGCGAUCACCCGGUCUGCAAGGUCACGCUAAAAGAAGCCCCUCUGUUUUACUUACCUCAUGACAGAUUCCCCUCCAGUCCGCUCUCUAUGCAGCUUCCAGAUGCUAUGAUGUUCGGACCGAACAUCUGCCACUAAGAAACUGUGUAGCCCCAUCACUGAACAUGACGGAAGUGACAUAAACAUGUCAUUGACACGCAUGCAUGUUUUAGCAUCACAAGGUCAAUUUUGACCAAUCCUUGCCUUCCUAGAUACUAGAGCUAUUUAAACUCAAGUUUAUUUGUUUUUUAUUCUGCUUUAUGUCUUCCUGACUCAGCUUGCCUUUUACUACUCUGUUUUGCUUUCAGUCCUGCCACUUUAAGGCCCAAUAGUACAAAUUUUCUCCCGUUACAAUUAUAUUUGUUUACCUUAAGUUCUGCAUUUUUGGUUGUAGUUAUCUGUGACAAAGCCCCAGGUGUUUCUGGAACCUAGCAAUGAUGAUGUUUAAUUACCCAAAUUGGAGAGAAUAGUUAUCUUUCUAGGUGGCUAUUACUCCCAGUGCAGAUUGGCUUACUGUAAUGUGCUAAUAUGUUUUAUAUUUGCAUAAAAUAUAUCAUGUAAUAUUCUGCUAAUUCCUUUCAGUUAUCAGAAUAAAAUUACAUAUUUUCAAGGGCAUUCAAAUUAAAAUACAGUGAGAAUUAAUUUCUUUCCUUAUCUUCCUUAAAAUAAUUGAUUAUAAAGCAUUUUAGCCCUACAAUUGUGAUUCUGAUUAUUUAAAUAGUCAUUUAUGAAAUGAAAAAAGUAUUAUUGAGUGGAUUACAAUAUUUUUGUUACAUAUUUAAGUUUGCUGCCUGAUGCAUUAAUAAUAAGUGUAAUUAAUUCUACUGCAUUGUGUAGUGUCCCUUUAACCCCAUUCAUUUUUUUUUAAAGUUUAUUUCCUGUGCUCUUAUUUGACGUUGAUUUGAUUUUGGUAUUGAUAGCAUUAACUUUCAGUUUAAAUGGAAGGUGUGGCAACCCCUUUAAAUAUUAGUGGGUGAGGCUUCUCUGUGAUUAAGUGAUCUAUGAUUAGGUCUCCUUUGAGACAAAACAAGUAACAUGCAGAGUGCUAACGUGUCCUUGAUUUUUUUUAUAUAAUUCAUUAUUUUUGUAGUGCAGACUAGAGUAGACAUUUCUCAAAAGACAUAUACAAUAGGCAGAAAUAAAUCAUGGGUUGUCGAGGAUACUGCACUCUUUUUAUAGUAAUAUAGAAGAAUAUCAGAAACACAGGUCUAAGCAAAAGGGGCAAAGAAAGAGAGAAACAUGCUGAGGCAUAGAACUGCAUUUAAAGACAUAGCAAUAUAUACUGGGACCCGUAGAGCGUUAGGACAAAUAGUGGUCUAAGAGUAGAUUGAGGCCUAAUAGCCUCCAGCUCAUGAUCCAGCAGGCCUUCUUUCCCCCCGAUAAUGCAACCCCAACAAAGCCGAUCUCAAAAGGACAGUGCCAAUCUGAGAAGACUAGCCUUGAGUGCUGGUAUGAUGAUUGACCCUGUUGGGUUGUUUAGAGUGCUGGCUCUGAGGUGUCCAAGAUAACCGGUGAUAGCAGGUGCAUUCAGCGGGUUGUGCAGGCAUUCCACUCGGUGCCGUGCCCACCUUGGACGUGGGAGACCUGCAUCAGGGAGAGUCAGGUGCAUCCCUUGUCAGCAUGAGUGCGUCACCGGGGAUCAGUAUGUUUGUGGAGCUUUGCUGUCUGCUGGCUAGCUUGGUCGAUAAGAGCCUUAAAGAUCCUGUCCAACUCUGACAGAAUGUGGAGUUGUGGGCUCUGAUGAUGUAAGGCAGCCGCCAUCUUGAGCGCGUUUCAGCUCUUGAAUGCACUUGCCACGAUGCUGCAGCGGGUCCCAAAGGAGAUGGUUUCAUAUUUUGGAUGAGUUUUUCAAAUGAUCACAAUGGCCUCUAUUUAAUUUAUUUGAAUCUGAAAUGAUUUCUUUCUGUUAGAAAACAAAUGUUUCAAAUGAUUUACCUUAAACUUCCUCAGAGCUCAGUGGUGACUUAGAGAUAAAUCAUUUGACAUUUUUUUUUCUAACAGAUUGAGAAGCCUAUCUAAAAAUAUCAGGGCCAUAUUGUAUUGUAUUUGCACUGACAACAAAAAACAGCUUAAUGUUCUAUUUAUUUAUUUUUUCAGGAUGGGGGAAUGAUAUUACAUGGACACAAACUUAUGAAGAAGGACUAUACAAUGCAAAAAAAAGGUACGUCUAUCAAGAGUAGGGGUUCCCAAUUAAUUUUUCCCAUGGAACCCUUUAACCCUUUAACAUAGGGUAUCAACAUCGUGGAACCACACCCCCCAAAAAAAUAUUUUGCACCGUUGCAUAAACCUUUCAAUUAGCAAAUUUUGCAAUUUUGUUUUGCCUAUAUAUACACACACUAAUUUCUACAGAUAGUAAACAGAUUGCAGUACUUAGGAGCAGGUGUGUUUUUGUGUGUAGAGUUGGUGUUUGUAUGUAAUUUUAUCGUUUUAAUACAAGGAUGUGUUUGUAUGGAAUGUUAGCAUUUGUGUGCAGAGGAGUAUUUGGAUGUAGUGUUGGAUUUUAAAUGUGGAUGUACAUCUGACACACAGAUACACACACCUGAGCACACAGAUACACACACACACACACACACACACUGGCACAAUGAUACACACAUUGGCACAUACACACACACACAUGCACACUGAUAAAUACACACACAUACAUACACUGACACACAGAUACACAUUAGCACAUGCACACACAUAUACACUCACUGAUGCACACAUUGACACACAGAUACACAAACUGGUACAUAUACACACAAAUUCACGUUGGCAGGUACACACACACAUAGACACAUACACAGAUUCACACACAUUGGCAGAUAUACACACUCUGACACAGGUUCAUGCACACACAGAUUCACACACGUUGGCAGAUACACACACUGAUACAGGUACACACACACACAGACACAUACACAUAUGUUUCAAUUUGCUGUUUACUUACCUUUUUUCUGCAGGAGCGUCUUCAGUGCUGCUGGCUGGGGUUGGGGUUUGCUCAGUCCCCGCUGCUCUCUCUCUCCCUCCCUAGGCGGCGCGCCCUGUAUGGGAGGAAGUGCUGUCACUUCCUCCCAGCAUCCAAUACUACAGGGGUCUGGUCGCGGUCUUAGAUGACCGUGGCACCUGACCAAACCCCUGUUUAGCAAUACCCAUCGGGUUGCCCUAAAUGCUUGGGCCACCCGAUGGGCAAAUCGCUGCGGAACCCUUAUUUUGAUCUUGUGGAACACUAGAGUCAUAUUUUUGUACCCUAAGCAGCUUUUAUUUUUGCAAUGUGUUUGUUGAACACAUAGUGAAAUACAAUCUACCUCAUUUGGUGUAAUCCACAUAUUUUACUUAGUGUUUUCUAUGACAAAAUUUUAAAGAACAUUUGGGGCUUUGAUGAUGAUGUCACUCUGGGUACCUGCCAAGUGAAACCCCUUAUGCUCCUCAAUAUAUUUCCUAUUUUAUGGCACCUAAUGGAAAACUCCCUUACAUGACCUCACAGGAGUCCCUGUGAGUAUUUUUCAGCGUACAUUCAUCCUUAUACAUAUGUACACAUACAGGGAGUGCAGAAUUAUUAGGCAAGUUGUAUUUUUGAGGAUUAAUUUUAUUAUUGAACAACAACCAUGUUCUCAAUGAACCCAAAAAACUCAUUAAUAUCAAAGCUGAAUAUUUUUGGAAGUAGUUUUUAGUUUGUUUUUAGUUUUAGCUAUGUUAGGGGGAUAUCUGUGUGUGCAGGUGACUAUUACAGUGCAUAAUUAUUAGGCAACUUAACAAAAAACAAAUAUAUACCCAUUUCAAUUAUUUAUUAUUACCAGUGAAACCAAUAUAACAUCUCAACAUUCACAAAUAUACAUUUCUGACAUUCAAAAACAAAACAAAAACAAAUCAGUGACCAAUAUAGCCACCUUUCUUUGCAAGGACACUCAAAAGCCUGCCAUCCAUGGAUUCUGUCAGUGUUUUGAUCUGUUCACCAUCAACAUUGCAUGCAGCAGCAACCACAGCCUCCCAGACACUGUUCAGAGAGGUGUACUGUUUUCCCUCCUUGUAAAUCUCACAUUUGAUGAUGGACCACAGGUUCUCAAUGGGGUUCAGAUCAGGUGAACAAGGAGGCCAUGUCAUUAGAUUUUCUUCUUUUAUACCCUUUCUUGCCAGCCACGCUGUGGAGUACUUGGACGCGUGUGAUGGAGCAUUGUCCUGCAUGAAAAUCAUGUUUUUCUUGAAGGAUGCAGACUUCUUCCUGUACCACUGCUUGAAGAAGGUGUCUUCCAGGAACUGGCAGUAGGACUGGGAGUUGAGCUUGACUCCAUCCUCAACCCGAAAAGGCCCCACAAGCUCAUCUUUGAUGAUACCAGCCCAAACCAGUACUCCACCUCCACCUUGCUGGCGUCUGAGUCGGACUGGAGCUCUCUGCCCUUUACCAAUCCAGCCACGGGCCCAUCCAUCUGGCCCAUCAAGACUCACUCUCAUUUCAUCAGUCCAUAAAACCUUAGAAAAAUCAGUCUUGAGAUAUUUCUUGGCCCAGUCUUGGCGUUUCAGCUUGUGUGUCUUGUUCAGUGGUGGUCGUCUUUCAGCCUUUCUUACCUUGGCCAUGUCUCUGAGUAUUGCACACCUUGUGCUUUUGGGCACUCCAGUGAUGUUGCAGCUCUGAAAUAUGGCCAAACUGGUGGCAAGUGGCAUCGUGGCAGCUGCACGCUUGACUUUUCUCAGUUCAUGGGCAGUUAUUUUGCGCCUUGGUUUUUCCACACGCUUCUUGCGACCCUGUUGACUAUUUUGAAUGAAACGCUUGAUUGUUCGAUGAUCACGCUUCAGAAGCUUUGCAAUUUUAAGAGUGCUGCAUCCCUCUGCAAGAUAUCUCACUAUUUUUGACUUUUCUGAGCCUGUCAAGUCCUUCUUUUGACCCAUUUUGCCAAAGGAAAGGAAGUUGCCUAAUAAUUAUGCACACUUGAUAUAGGGUGUUGAUGUCAUUAGACCACACCCCUUCUCAUUACAGAGAUGCACAUCACCUAAUAUGCUUAAUUGGUAGUAGGCUUUCGAGCCUAUAGAGCUUGGAGUAAGACAACAUGCAUAAAGAGGAUGAUGUGGUCAAAAUACUCAUUUGCCUAAUAAUUCUGCACUCCCUGUACAUUCAAUCAUUUUGAUAUAUGCAUGCAGAGAGCCGAAGUUUAAUGCGCACUUGCUUUGUGGAUUCCUUGGAUUGCUUCGACUGUCUUUGGAAAUGUGAAACCGUGCAAUCUCUCUGUAGGUACAACACCAACGGCAGGAAAUCUUUUACACAGCAGAAGUAGGGAACAGUGAAAUGGCAACGUGAAUUUUAUCACGCAAUACUGCCUGUCUGUGACUUGCACUGAGGAUAUGAUGUCAAUGCAUGUGAUACUUACAGCACAAUUUGUUUAUCUUAGACCCCUUCUAAUUUUAAAACAGCUUGGUUACUUUCAAGGUCUUUGCAGAUGUUGCAAAGGACCCUCAGGGUGACAUGGCCACUUGAUAUGUGGGAGAGAAGGCCAGGGAUAUAUAUUUAUCUGGAUAGCAUUGUCUUCUUCUGCGAUCAGUCUUUUGCUGCUUCAUUCUCGAGUAGCCCUCUUCACUGUUUUACUCCUAAACAUGCAUGAGAGUUCAAAAUGGAGGUCUAUGGAAGUUCCCCCCAGCGUCCCCACCAGAGUGUGGGAUCCUUGAUAGAACUUAUGUUACAAUGUACAAUGCUGUUUCUGAAAAUGGCCUGGAAUAAAUUCCCUCCGAUAAUGUUUAUUCAUUCCAUAUAAGCCUUUUAUCUGUUUAUUACAUGUAAUCUCUAACCCCUUAAGGACACAUGACAUGUGUGACAUGUUAUGAUUCCCUUUUAUUCUGGAAGUUUGGUCCUUAAGGGGUUAAUUUUAAGUACUGUGAAAAAAGAUGGCAGAUUUUUACAGCAUUUAUGUAAAAAUAAUCCUGAUAUUUUUAUAACCUGUACAGAAUUUUCUAACUUAAAGCGGCACUAUCAACCCCCCCUCCCCUCCCCCAACACACACCCUCCCCAGCAAAACAUGUUUUUUGAAAAUAAAAAAUCAUUAUGAAAUACUCAUGUUGACUUUGUUGGAAUUUAACUGCAAUUCCAACCCAGUGAAAAGAUAUACUGAGAAAAAGUAGGGACUACCUUGUUUCAGUAUUAUUCCUAGGCCAGACAAUUCUAGACCGUCGUCUAGAAAUGUCAAUCUCCCGGCCAUCACCAGUGGUGGAUGCAGGAAAUUUGCUCUGUCUAUGGAACCCCCAGUUGCGAUAUCAUCAUCGGGGGUCUCUGAAAUCAUGCAAAGUUCCCAGACUGUGACAGUGCCGCUUUAAAGUAUACCUAUCAUAGUGCACAGAACUUUAUGUAAUGUAGAUCCAAACAUGUGAAUAAACCUAAUGUAUAUGUAACAAGCCUUAUAAAUGAAAACACAAAAUACAUUUUAUUUAAAUGACUUCUCUUAUCGUAAUUGUUUGGUGAAAAUAAAUUAUUACAAUACAGAACAUUUUAUAAACCGAAACAAACAUUUAUGUAUUCUGAUAUAUUUGUUAUUUUUCAGUAAUAAACCUCUGAUGGUAAUUCACCAUUUGGAAGAAUGUCAGUAUUGCCAAGGUAAUAUUUCUUGAAAAUGUUUCAUGUUUAGCUGUCUAAUGAAUCAUUCAAUUUACUCAGGAGUAAAACCCAAAUCUAUAAUGUUAGCCUACUAGUACAUGUUUGAACAAUAUAACUAUUUAACAGGGUGUUUGAUUUUUUUUUUAUACUAAAUUUUCUACUGUGAGGUUUUAAUUGACACAUGGGCAAGUAUAUUAACCAACUGUGCUAUCUCAGCAGUAGCAGUGCCUAGCUUAGCCAUCAGUAUUAUAGAAUUAAAGGGGCACUAUAGUCACCAGAACAACUACAGCAUAGUGUAGUUGUUCUGGUGAGUAUAAUCAUUGCCUGCAGGCAUUUUUAUGCAAACACUGCCUUUUCAGUGAAAAGGCAGUGUUUACAUUUCCCCCUAGGGACACCUCAAAGUGGCCACUCCUCGAAUGGCCAUUGGAGGUGCUUUCUGGGGCACUGUUGCACAGGAGUCCGAUCAGGGGCAGGGCCAGCAUCGGCGGACCCGCGCUGCGCUGGAAAUAAGGUGCAUUUUCACCUUUUCUAAAGGGGCUCGGGGGGAGGGCAAGUCACCUAAAUGGUGGAUUAGACGUGUUAGGCUCAGGAAUGCAGGUUUGUGUUCCUGACCCUAUAGUGUUUCUUUAAUAGUUUGUUUUUUUACUACAUGUCAUCAGAACAGCUUGAGAAAAUAAUAACGGUAUAAUUACAAAUAUACGUUUAUAAUGAUCAAUCCUGUAUAUAAAAAGAUUCCCUAUUCAUGUAAUAAAGUGCACAAACCUAGUGAUUUUUACAACUUUUAAACUGUGAGAAAGGUUCCAUUAUAUAAUGUGCUCUUGUUGUAGUUGAUACCCUUGGUGGCUUUAACCCUAAAUGCCAUUCUAAUCACUAGUCAUUCCAUUAUGAAACUGAGAAGAAUGUCAGUCUCUUUGGCAGGCAUCCGAGAUUAGCUGAUUCACUACUAAGAUCUGAAAAUAAUUAAAUGAUUACUAUUAUAGCAAAAGAGCAGAAUGUCGCUAUAACUUAUUCCCUCUGCAAUUCAAAUGAAUUUCAACUGUAAUCGUGAUUCCUUGUGUUCUAUCACACAUCCGUCAUGCUUCCCUAUCUAGUUCCACUUUCGAUCUUCUAUCUUUAUUGCAAUACAAGAUAGAAAUCCCUUCUUUGAUAAUGUUAAUAAGUUACAUAUAAACAUUCGGUCUGGUAGCUUUCAAGACUUUUUUUUUUUGCUUAAAAUGUUUAGUUUGUUAUUAUAAUGUCUCUUUACACUGUAAUAUUUACACUAGUACUUACACUAAAUUAAGUGCUUUUGGUCAUUAUUAUUGUUAAGAAUCUCAGUUUAUGCUAUUUUAGUUUUUCCCAGCUAAUGGAAUCUUGUUAAAGUUGAACUUGUCUUUAUCUACAUUAUAUAUUUAUUGUGUGUAACAAUACAUGAUUUUUUACAUACUUCUUCUUAUGUAUAUCUACCUCAGUGGGCUAAUGCAUCAUCAGUAGAAUUUGUUCAACCCUUGGGUCACAGGUUCAAAUCCUGGCAGGGUUGAAUCAGCCCUUCAUCCUUCCAAAAUAGAUAAAAUGAGUACCAUUAAAUUGGAUAAUAGUAACAACCCCUGGAUUUUGGGCUAAGGUAACAUCCCCAGGAUGUACUUAUAAACCAGAGUAAUCUGAAUGUGCCUUUCCUGGUUAAACACUUUGUUAUUAUUAUUAUUAUUAUGCUUAUCUUUCAUAUUGUCAAAAUCAUCAGGUACAAACAUUUUGCACAGGGGGUUCUGAGAAUGCUGCAUUUAAGCUUAUAUUCUACUUCAAAACACAUGCACACACUACUGCAAUCCAUUUAUAUUCUUCAUCACGGAUAUGUUGUAAAUAGUAAAAAAGGUGUCAGUGGCUUAUAAAGGUGUAUUAAAUGAUAUUUCCAUGCAUUUAUUGUAUUCUUUAGCACUGUACAGAAUAUUUAGUCUUGUUGUGAACAAUUAGAUUUGGAUAAUGAGAGAUUAAUUCAGAAAGACAAUCAUGCUUCAUUAAAUAAUUAUUAUAUUUUCCCUUAAAAGGAUUAAAGAAAGCUUUUUCUGAUAGCAAUGAAGCCCAAGAAUUAGCAAUUGAAAAAUUUAUAAUGUUAAAUAUCAUGGUAAGUUAAUUCUGUGAGUUUCUAAACUACUAUUUCUAUAAAUACUAGUCAUACUGCAGAUUUAAUUGAAGAUAUUAUAUUUGUGUAUGAUGGUUUGAUUGGAGUAAAUCAUCGACCCAAACGCUGCAUUAAGACUGAAAAAUAGUAAUAGUUAUUGAUCACAUAUUCCUAUUUUGUGUCUCACUUUUUAUUGCCAUGUGAUGGAUUUUCAUUUUGGAGUAAUUAUUUGACAUGUACUAAUCUACUGGCAGGAAAACAUUUUAUAAUAUAUAUUUUUCUCCUGAAUUUGAAGCAAGGCAUGAGCGUCCAUUAUUAAUUUUUUUUGUUGAGGAGCUUGAAAGACCUUGAAUGAUAAUUAUAAUGUAUGUAGAAUAUGACAUACAUAUUUGUAAAACGAAUACUACAUUAAUCAAUGUUUACAAUUGAGCUUUAAUGUAAGUAUGAACCAUAUAAAGAAAUACAUUGGUUACAUAAACACUGUAGCCUGAUUUAGUAUUUAUGGUGGUCUAACUCUCUGGUCCCUGUUACCAGGUGUCUAUCAAACAAAAAAGAGUGUGCAAGAAAGAGGCCUGCGUCUUGUCAAACAGCUCUGAAUGAUUGUAGCACAGGUUUAGAGCACCAUAAUUACUACAACAAACUCUGGUGGUCAGGAUACUUAGAGUUCUCCUUUAACUCCUUAAGGACACAUGACAUGUGUGACAUGUCAUGAUUCCCUUUUAUUCCAGAAGUUUGGUCCUUAAGGUUGUUAAUAUAGGUUGUUUUUCUUACAUUUAUCUUGUUCAUAGAUUUCACAGUGUUUCAUUCUUUGACCCAUUAGUGUGUAUUCCUAAUGUAAGGUUUAUUAAGUAGCACAAACCUAAUUUUAACCACUAAAGACUUUGUAACAUAUCUUCUUUUCUUGUCAGCAUGAAACUACAGAUAAAAACCUUGCGCCAGAUGGGCAGUAUGUGCCUAGAAUUUUAUUUGUUGGUAAGUUAAAAAAAUAAAUAAAACAUUUGAUUAACUGGGAUGUUCCGUCAACUUUAAUAUCCACAUCAAAUGUAAUGACCAGGGCUGAUUGUAAGAACAGUAACGCCUACAUUUUGACUAACACAGUCUGUGUCCUCCUUUGUCAAGGUUAGACAUAGUCUACUUUGUUAGUUGAAAUGUUGCCAAUAUUUGUAAUCUCUACUCUACACUAAUGAACAGCACUGUACACUUUUGGAAGAGUUCUGGGCCAUUUUUUACUUGCAUCCACUUACCAGCACUGGAGAAUAUAAACGUAAUUGUGAAAAAUUGUUGCUGUUUUAAGCUACUUAAAUAAAAUUCUGCUUUGUUUUACAGAUCCAUCUCUUACAGUUAGAGCUGAUAUUACAGGCAGAUAUUCUAACCGUCUUUAUACAUAUGAGCCAAAUGAUUUACCGUUGUGUAAGUAUUAUCUACCAACAUUUGUGCUGCCUUGUAAUGGACACCAACCACAAAACAUAUGGACCUAUUGAUGUGACACUGUGAUGAUUUACCUCUAAUGCUCUAGCUAUUGUUAACUAUGUAUACCUAUUUGGCUAGUUAAGCAUCAUGGGAAAAGUAGUCCACAACAGCUAAAGUGCAUAAGCUGUAGAAGGCUAGCAAGGAGGGCAGGGGUUCUAUUGACCCCAGCCUACUUACAUAGAAUGGACUAUAGGAUGCUGCCUUACAUCACCAUAAUACUAACAUAUUUUAUGUAACAGUUUUUUUUUUUACAAUUAUUGUUUUGUAAUUCUUCCAGUUUAAUGUUCUGACACUGUACUGAUAUAAAAUAUUUAAUAUUACUUUAAGAAAGGGAAAUGGAGUGGGGUGGGGCAGUGUGCUGGGUAUGUCUCAAAUUGGGCUAUUUGUUUGCAAUUACCCCCUCCACUCCCCAGGCCAAAUAAAGACAGCCCUCCCGCCUAUUUGGUUACCCAUCGCUUGAUUAGAAAAAGGUUGAUAAUACAGUGUGGGCUAUCAUUCCGAGUACGGCUUAUUGAGUCAAUAUCCUUUUUUUUUUUUAAUGUACUAAUUUCAAUGUUAUUAUAUACAGUGAAUGCUUAACGUAUGGAGAUUUUUUUGACUUGGUACGAAUAAAUAUAAUUUUAUUUUAUACUACAUGUGAGUAAAUAACAGACCAAAGGUAAAUUUCAAAUGAAAAGAAAAUGACCAUCUACAGUAAUACGUUUUUAAACACUAAGGGGUCACUUGCUAUUGGAAAUGUGCAUAAUGUGUUUUAAUAUUGUCCUAAUUAUGUGUCCUUAUAUGUGUCUUACCAUGCUAGUUAGUUAAUGUAUGAAACUUCAAAGUAGCUAUUAGUAACCCAAUUAUUUUAAUAAAGGAUUUAGCUAAAUUAUUAAUUUAACUAUGGACUCCAUUGGCACAAGUUAGUUUUUCCUGAUUUAACAAAGCAUUUAAUAGCAAAAUAUUCAAAAUUGCUGAGUAAUUCGCCCUGCUAAGUCUAGAUAGAUAGAUGUAAUAGAACCUGGAUUGUUGGGGAAUAAACAUGGUCUUCUGAAAUGACCAGACAAAUUAUAAAAUACAACCUACAGCCAAUUAUUUUCAAGAUGGUAAGACGGUUAGUAAAUAAGGUCUCUGUUUGUGGUGCACAGUCUUAAAUAUUGUCAUAUUGGGUUUGUUGCUGGUAACAGUGCUGUAUGGCUAGAUUACAUAUCCUAUGGCUAGAUAUGAAAUCUUUUGUUCUUCAACAAGAAUAUGUCAUAACAAACUGGAAGCUAUAGUGUAUAUGUUAUAUACUUUAUGCAAUAUAUGCUUACCUGCAAAUAAAUUGUACAUGCUUCAAAAUAUAUGAAACAUUAGCAUCUAGUAUUCCUCAUAAUACUUCUAUUAUGUUUUCAGUGAUAGACAAUAUGAAGAAGGCACUACAUCUUCUUCAGACGGAACUAUAAGUUCAUUGAUCUGGACAAUUACAUGGGAUUUGACUGGAUGGCAACCGGCAUCUUUUUUAUGUUGGCGUUCGUGCAUCUAAUACAGUAACCUGUAUCAUUGAACUAAUACAUAGUAAAUAACUAAACAGCACUGAAGGAAAUUAUAAGAAAUGUUACAAUAUUAUAAAACGGAAAAUCAAUAAAAAUGAAUGUUUUCUGUGUAUUCUGUUAUUUACUGCAUCUGCAUUUUUAAAGAUUUAUUUUUGGGUCGCUUUGUAUUUUUUGGCUUUUACAUGGGCAUUCUCACUUGAUCAGCUUCUGUUCACAUUAAAUGCUCCAUCUGUCCUCAAAAUCAAGCUGUUCAAUAAUAGUGAAUUAAUAGAAAGCAGUACAGGUAGUUAAGUCAUUCAUCUGAAGAUGGAGUCUUGGAGAAACUGUGGUUGAGUCUAUACACGAC